AUGAUCGUCUGUACUUUCAAUGCACGUACGCUAGCAUCAGAUGCAUCCAUCGAGGACCUGAUGGGACAAGCGCGAAUGAUCACGUACGACAUCAUUGGUCUGACCGAGACAAGAAGGCACGAAUCUCACCAUGCCGUUUUCGACACUGGAGAAGAAUUGUUCUUUGGAACAUGCGAUAAAAGAGGUGUUGGAGGCGUCGGUGUCCUUGUCAACACAAACUUGGCCAAGAGCAUUGAUUCAUUCGAAUGCCUAACAACCCGAAUCGGAUGUUUACAUUUGAAUAGAUGUGACUCACUGCCUGCAGUUUCUAUCUUCGUUGUCUACGCACCAACAUCUCAUUAUGAUGAAAGAGAAAUCGAGAAGUUCUACAUGGAGCUAGAGAAGUUCUAUAAAGAAGACCACACCUUCUACAAGAUCAUUGUGGGUGAUUUUAAUGCCAAGAUAGGACCAAGAAGAUCAGCUGAAGAACUUCACAUCGGGACCCAUGGCCUAGAAUGGAACGAAGAGGGUCGAGAGGUCAACAUGACAAAUGACCUGGCACCCGAGCUGCGCAGGAGGAAGAGAGUGGCUUGGAACGCCUUCAAGAACGUCGAAGAAAUAGCUAAGAGGACGAAGAACCUCCGGCUCCGGGCACAUCUCUUUGAUUCCACUGUUCUUCCUGCAUUAACAUAUGCCUCAGAGACCUGGGCCCUACGCAAACAAGAUGAGAACGCUAUUCAGGUCUCCCAAAGAAGAAUAGAAAGAGCUAUGCUUGGAAUAUCACGUUUCACUCAAAUGAGAGAAAGAAUCCGGAGUUCUGACAUCCGUCGACGAUCAAGGAUCAGGGACGCUGUCUCAUUUGCCAAGGUGUCGAAAAUCAGAUGGGCUGGUCACGUAAUGAGAUUUAAAGACGACCGUUGGACUAGAGCUGUUACUGACUGGAUUCCACGGGAUGUCAGAAGACCGCGUGGCCGCCCACCUACCAGAUGGUCAGACUUCUUUGUCAAGAUCAUGAACGAUCGGUUUGAGGCCCUUCAUGUUCCCGGAGAGAACAGAUGCCACUGGGCUACACUAGCACGCGACAGGGACAAAUGGAGACGUUACUGGCGCCCGCUCGAGCAAAUCGAUGACUAA